UUAUAUUUUCACAUUAGAGGUUUAGACGCAUUAUUGUAUUAAAAAUGCGUAUGCAUUGCUUGUUGUUGUUCAUUGUUUACGAAGUGCAAUGUUUGUCGAAAAAUAAAAGUAAUUCUAAAUAUGAUGAAAUUUUACUCCACAAUAAAGCGGUAAUAAAACCAACUUAUGACCCUAACAGUGAAGAUGAUUAUUAUGACGAAACUGAGGCGCACUCUCAAAAUACUGAUGCUUGUAGCGUACUGCUACCAGCAAAAUUAGUAAAAGAAAUUGGGGCCUAUCAAGAUAUUGCGAACGAAAUAUUGCAAUACGUCAUCCAAGGCGAUUUUAAAGGUCAAACUUAUAAUGAAUUGACCAAGUUUGUGGAUAAAUUCGGGGCGCGGCCAGCGGGAACUGAAAUUCUCGAAGAAUCAAUCGACUACAUCAUUCAGUUAACUCGACAAAACGGUAUUAAUACCAUCGUCACCGAAGAAGUGGAGAUAACACAAUGGCAAAGAGGAGCAGAAAAGAUUACAAUGAAAGAACCGAGACCGAAGAAUAUUGCAGUCCUAGGUUUAGGAGGUAGUGUUAGUACUCCAAAUUCAGGAAUAACUGCUGAAGUCAUUGUCGUUAAAAGUUUUAAAGAAUUAGACAGCCUACAAGACUAUAAGGUAAAAGGAAAAAUUGUACUUUUUAAUGCGAUAUAUAAAACGUAUUUUGAAACUGUAGAAUACAGAGAAGAAGGAGCAACUAGAGCUGCUAAAAAAGGAGCUGUAGCUUCAUUAGUUCGUUCAAUUACACCAGUCUCUAUCUAUACUCCACAUACUGGUAUGCAAACUUACGGGGAAAAUGUUACAAAAAUACCAACAGCUGCAAUAACGAUUGAAGAUGCCGAAUUGAUAAACAGAUUGUAUGAACGCGGUGAAAAAGUGGUAUUGAAUAUAAAAUUGCAUUCAAAUGAACAUAACAAAAUAUCAAGAAAUACCAUAGUUGAUCACAAAGGAGUAAAAAACCCCGAAAAAUUUGUAAUCGUUUCUGGUCAUAUUGAUAGUUGGGAUGUUGGUCAGGGUGCCAUGGACGACGGCGGUGGCUUAUUUAUAAGUUGGGCUGUUCCUGUGAUUCUGAAACGAUUAAAUCUUCGUCCAAGAAGAACCAUCAGAUCUAUAUUUUGGACCGCGGAAGAGAUAGGUCUAAUAGGUGCUCAAGCUUACGAAAAGAAACAUAGAAAUGAAAGUAAAAACAUCAAUUUCAUAAUGGAAUCAGAUGAGGGCACAUUUGCUCCGCUUGGCUUGGAAGUAGCGGGAAAUCAGGAGGCUCGCUGUAUCAUCGCGGAAGUCCUGAAACUGUUUAAAUCAAUCAACGCAUCAACGUUGAAGGAAGCUAAAAGCCCAGGAUCUGACAUAACAGUAAUCAUAGACACGGGAGUACCAGGUGCUGGUUUGUUGAAUGCAAAUGAUAAGUAUUUCUGGUUCCAUCAUACUGAAGCUGACACUAUACUCGUCGAAGACGAGCAUGAGCUGGACUUAGGAGCUGCGUUCUGGACUGCCGUAGCAUAUAUAAUAGCUGAUAUUUCUGUUGAUAUACCCCGAUAAUAAGUUGUUAUAAUUUGAGUCAGUGUUUAGAAUAAGUACAUACAUUGUCUACAUACAAUGUAGGUAUAUGAUGUUUCAUUUAUUGCUUAAAUAGUAUUACGGUAUUUAUUAAUCUUAUUUUAAUACAAAUGAGCAUAAUAAAUUAUAUUAACCUGGCAUAUUUUGAAUAUAAUAUAAUAAAAGCAUGUGAUUAUGCAAA